CUGAAGCGGUAUCAGUUUGCAACUCGGCAGCCCAGGGCAAGGUUCGGUUUCCUCUUUGGUCUCUGUGGCUCCUCGCCCGGUGUUGACUUGGGUUGUUAAGUUGCAUUUACCUGGCCUGGCUGACAGAAGAUCACAGUUGUCAACUGCGUCGCAUUCUCUCACUACCGCACAGCUGCUCUUGAGCUGUUUUUAGUCGGUGCAGUAUGGCUGCCAUACCCAGGCCCUGCGGCUUACCUUGCGUCUCAUUACGCAAGUGUCGGGUCCUGUCACCAGCCAGGGUGAACUGUAACUGUCGGACUGGGGUUGCUUGCCGGUUGUACGGUAUCGGCACAGACUUGGACCUGGUCCAUGAGAAGUCUAGACCAGCUCUGCGGCGCAGAACAGUUGCUGUUUUCCUCCUCACCGGCAGACUUGACGGUCUGGUAUGAAGGGGGGACUCGGGCAUCCGGACACAGGAGACUGAGAUGGGGGCUGGUUUGGUAGACGGAGUAACAUUGAUGAUGAUGUCAAGACUUGGCAUUACCUGAUAUGAACAGGCGAGAUGCAGAGGAUGCAGAGAUAUCCUGUGCAUCACCAUCGACCAGGACGUCACCCUGGAGGAUCUGUCUGCUGAUAUGAGGGACAUCUGCAGCUUUGAUGAAGACAAAUGCUUCACCAUGAAAUGGGUGGAUGAAGAGGGGGAUCCGUGUACAAUCUCAUCUCAAGAAGAGUUGGAGGAGGCCAUAAGACUGUAUGAGGUCAACAAAGACUCUAAUAUUACAAUUCAUAUCUUUCCUUCAGUGCCGGAGCAGCCCGGGAUGCCAUGCCCUGGAGAGGACAGAAACAUUUACAGGCGUGGAGCCAGGCGAUGGCGUAAACUCUACAAAAUUAAUGGCCACACUUUCUCUGCCAAGAGGUUCAGCAGGAGAGCCAUGUGUGCUAUCUGCGCUGACAGAAUAUGGGGCCUGGGCAGACAAGGCUACAAGUGUGUCGACUGCAAGUUGCUUGUCCAUAAAAAGUGCCAUCGAUUGGUCAAACAGCCGUGCGGACCUCAACUGCAAGUCCAUAAGUCCCUGAUUGAGGAGCGAAGUGGUUCUGCCAGCUCCCUUCCGUCCGGCGAUAACAAACAGGGAUCUGCUCAUCACCAGAGAAGUACUAGCGGCAGUCCACGCCCCAAGCACAAAGUCCGAGACAACACUCUAGUGACACAGUACUCAGAGGGAGUAGGCAAAGAGGCCCAGUCAGGCGAGAUCAACGAGAACACGGUCGGUCUGGAUCACUUCAACAUGCUCCGUGUGAUCGGACGCGGUAGUUACGCUAAAGUACUGCUGGUGGAGCAGAAGAGCACGCAGCGCGUCUAUGCAAUGAAGGUGAUUAAGAAGGAGUUAGUGACAGAUGAUGAGGACAUUGACUGGGUACAGACGGAGAAACACGUCUUUGAGACGGCCUCUAAUCAUCCCUUCCUGGUGGGCCUGCAUUCUUGCUUCCAGACUCCUAGCAGAUUGUUCUUUGUGAUUGAGUUUGUAAGCGGUGGUGAUCUGAUGUUCCAUAUGCAACGACAACGCAGACUGCCAGAGGAACACGCCCGCUUCUACUCGGCUGAAAUCAGCCUGGCGCUACACUUCCUACAUGAAAGAGGCGUUAUCUACCGGGAUCUCAAACUGGACAAUGUUCUACUGGACGCUGACGGUCACAUCAAACUGACCGAUUACGGCAUGUGUAAGGAGGGACUACGGCCCGGCGACACUACCAGCACAUUCUGUGGAACGCCAAACUAUAUAGCCCCAGAGAUACUCAGGGGUGAAGACUAUGACUACAGUGUUGAUUGGUGGGCCUUGGGAGUUUUGAUGUUUGAGAUGUUGGCUGGGCGUUCCCCGUUUGACAUUGUUGGAUCGGCUGAACAUCCAGACCAGAACACAGAGGACUACCUGUUCCAAGUGAUCUUGGAGAAGCCCAUCAGAAUACCCCGUGCGCUGUCAGUCAAGGCAGCAUCGGUGCUCAAAGGCUUCCUUAAUAAGAAUCCUAUGGAACGUCUAGCCUGUCACCCACAGACGGGCUUUUCUGAUAUCACAUCGCAUCCGUUCUUCAAAACCAUCGACUGGGAAAGCAUGUCUGCUCGUCAAGUGACCCCACCUUACAAGCCGCGUCUUGACAGUGAGCGUGAUCUGGAACAUUUUGACCCACAAUUCACAGACGAACCAGUGCAGCUCACACCAGAUGAUCAGAGAAUGGUAAGUCGGAUUGACCAGUCGGAGUUUGAAGGUUUUGAGUAUGUUAAUCCACUGCUCAUGUCUGGUGAGGAGUGCGUCUAACGAGAACUCCGCUGCGACGUUCCUCAAACCCCCCACCCAUCGACGACUAGUCGUUAUCCAGGGCUCUGCUUCACUUCACUGCGCUUCCAUUAUGUUAAUCAUAGUCCCAUCCUACAGUUUGAAAAAAGAGGGCAGUGUCACGGAGUUGUCAUUCUACGAGUCGCGCUGACCUCAUUUGCAUAUGUCACUAUGCAAAUUUGAAACCUAACUCCAAGAAGCACUAGUGCUGAUUGUGACCUCAGAAACCAUUUGCAUGUGAUUACUAUGCAAAAUCCACCAAGUUCACUUUAAAGGUGUGGUAUCGCCACAUAUGGAUGCCAGCCAAAUGACCUCGGGAUAAUUUGCAUACGACCUUUAUGCAAAUUAGCCUAUUUGUCCGUUCGACUACAUAUAAACCUGUUACGAUGUGUGAAGAACAUUUUUGUACUAUAUUAUUCAUUACUUUAUAACUUAUAAAAACAAAUAGUUGAGUUGUAGGGUGUUAUUACUGUAGGACGUUUAUAGUCUCAUAACCCUUCAGUAAUGCAUUGGCUCUUUGCAUGAACUAUAGGGGGCGCUUUGUGGCACUCAGCGUGAACCGGAGAGGUAUUAUCAAUGGAAGUUGUACUUUUACAAGAGGGUUUUUCUUUUAAAUGAAAUUGGCGAAACUUGCUUCGCCCUUAUGCAGAAUAUAUAUGGGGUGCUCAUAAAAGGGAGGCCAAGUGAUCUUCCUGUCUUCAAGCCAGGAUGUUUUUGAACAGGAGCAGAAAAGACAAACGGUUGAUAAAACAGCAACUGGUUUAAAACACUUAAUUCCUGCACCAUUGCGUUCGGCGCCACAUCGCGCAGUACGCACGCCAAUCUCCGUAAAAAGGAGAUUCUUAGAAUGUGAGGCACAUACCAUAAGGUGUUUCAGUGUUUCACAUGAGGUAAAAUUGUUAAACAAAAGCAUUGGGCAACUGUGAAUAUUUGACUUGUCUUGACUUUUUGACCGAAAGGUAUUUAUGAAUGGGGAAUAAAUGUGGGUUUUUUUGGCUGGUAUUAAACAAGUACGUUUAAAACUGGCCAAGCACAUAUUUAUUCUCUUAAUAGAUGGUCUGAAAUGGGAUUAAAAAGUUAGUAUUGCAAUCGGCAAGUCCACGUUGGACUUGGAGGUGUUAACAGGCUUAUCGAUCUUGUAAGUACAUUGUAUUUUGCAGUUGUGCUUAAUAAGACUGUUGUUGUUCUGGAUUUGAAUGUAUUGCCAAGUUGUGCACUCUCUUCUUCACGAUACUGGCAAAUAAAAAGAUUUAAAAAAUAAAGAAUUUGUCCGGUGGAAGAACAGAGUUCUAAUUAUGCAGUAUUAAUAAUACUAUGAAUAUUCAUGUAUACGUAAGGUGAAGGUCGUCACUAUGGUUACAAGCCCAAACUACAGCUUGCCUUUCAUUGUAUUCUUGCUGUCAUGUAGAAGUAAAACUGCGCACUGGGAAUGUUGAGGUAUGAAUAUUCAUCAGUGUCACCUGAAUAAAUUGUGUAUUCACUAAUUUGACAGUCGUGAAUAAGAAUCUUUUUGAAUAAUUAAUGAAUGAUUAUAUGUAUUCAUGUGUAAACUUGAGGCAGUUGCGAUAAUGCUCGGCUGGUUGACUUCAAUUGUUGCAUAUUCAUCUCUUGGUACACAGAGAUGAAUAUUCAUCACUUGAUAUGAGUAAAAUGUUUAUUCAUAUUUGUUCUAUCGGACAAACAAUUAAAGAAAGUUCAAUGGGUCAGCAAGGCUUACAAGUGGAAAUUAAAAAAUCUCACAGUUAAAAUCUAAUUGAAAAUCUUACUCUGCCAAAAAAGUGUAUGUAAACUUGUAAACUACAAAUAAGAAACACAGACCAAAGAGUGUGUGGCCUUGGAAAGUAAAACAUAGUCCAGUGUAAAGACUUGAAUGUUGGUGUUUAGUGUUUCAGCAGAUGUCAUUAAAGAUCAAUGCAACGCA